AUGCCAGGGCUCCAGCAGAUGCUCAACCCCAUUUACGAGUCGGAUUCUGUUUUCUCCCCAGAUGGAAUUAAAGGAGGAGAAGCGAGUGUGAGCUUGGCCCAAGGGAGCGGCGCCUCCAGCCAGACUGCUGUGAACCUGUGCGUCUCCCUGCGGGUGCCUCAGGCUGUCCCCAUGGACCUGCGGAUCGGACAGCGCUUCGUCAAGCCCGGCUCCGACACCGCCCUGCUGGCUCUCAAGCAGACCCAGCAGCUGCAGCACCAGCUCUUCUUGGCCAGCCUGCACCAGCAGCAGGUGGAACAGUUCACCCACCAGCACAUGCGGGUGAACAUGGACUCCCCGCAGCGUGAGGCAGAGGCUGGGCAGCAGGAGCAGGAGCUGCGGCUACUCCUCAAUAAGGACAAGAGCAAACGAAGUGCUGUGGCGAGCACGGUGGUGAAACAGAAGCUGGCCGAGGUAAUCCUGAAGAAACAACAGGCAGCUUUGGAAAGGACCAGCAACCCCAGUGGCCCCCCCAUGCCCUACAGAUCGCUGGAGCCCCUGGAUACUGAAGGCCCUGCCCCUCCUGUGCUCAGCCCCUUCCUGCCACAAGUCCCCAGCAGUUCCAUAGACCCUCCGGAGCACUUUCCUCUGCGGAAAACAGCAUCUGAGCCCAACCUGAAGGUGCGGUACAAGCCCAAGAAGUCGGUGGACCGGCGUAAGAACCCACUGACCCGCAAGGAGAGUGCACCCCCUUCCCUGAAGAGGAGGCCAGCAGAGGCCAUUGACUCAUCCCCCAGCAGUAGCAGCACCCCUGUGUCUGGCUGCAGCUCCCCCAACGACAGCCUCCCAGCGGAACAUGGAGUCCCCCCCUCCGGGCCCAGCAUGGCCCACGAGGCGCCACUCGCCCAGCGCCUGAUGUUGCAGGAGAGCUCGCUGGCCCAGUUGGCCCUGCAGAGCAUGGCCUCCCUUCCGGCCAUCUCGCUGGGCCUGCCAGCUGCUGCCAGUGCCAGGGGCGACACAGACCGCCGCUCCCUCUCUGGCUUGGCACACCGGGUGCCAGUGCUGAACGGGCCCGUCCUCUCGGGCACCCACUCAUCCAUGUUCAUACCAGCUGGCUUGGAGCAGCAUGAGCCCGGAGGGCCUCUGUCCCCUCGGCUUCAGCCUGUCAUUAUUCUUGAGUCCUCGGUCACCCACGCGCCACUUGUGGCAAUGCCAGGCCUGGGGACGAUCCCGUUCCACUUCGCCCACACACUCAUCCCCACCGACCGGCUGUCGCUGGCAGGCCACCACAAACCGCUGGGGCGGACCCGCUCUGAGCCCCUCCCUCCCAACCCCAAGGCCAUCCAGCAGCAGCUGGCGUACCAGCAGCACCAUGCUCAGUUCCUGGAGAGACUCAAACAGCAGACACACUUGGGCAAGCUAAUGACCAAGUCCAGUGAGAAGCCUCGUCUGCGGCAGAUCCCCUCCUCGGAGGACAUGGAGGCCAAGGGUGGGCUCCCAGAGGGAGGGAGCGAGCGCAGUGACCAGCCUAGGGGCCGAGUGGAGCUCACACGGCCAGGGGUCAGCACAAAGGAGCCUGAGCGGAGCCCGAAGCUGAUGCAGCCACAGGAGGAGCUCGUCUUGCAGCAGCAGGCCUACCUGUGGGAGCAUCACCAGCGCCUGCAGCACUCGCUCCUCAAGCGGCAGCCACCAGCCGACUCCCUGAUGGUCCCUGCCACACACGGAGGGCACCGGCCUCUCUCCAGGGCCCAGUCAUCUCCUGCCACUGCUACCAUCGCCCUUCCUGCCCAGGACGCACCCGCCAAGGCACUCUCCCUGCCGGCACAAGAGCCACCAGCCAAACCGCAGUUCACAACAGGGCUCGUGUAUGACUCCGUGAUGCUCAAACACCAGUGCUCCUGCGGGGACAACAGCAACCACCCUGAGCAUGCUGGGAGAAUUCAGAGCAUCUGGUCCCGCCUGCAAGAGCGGGGUCUGCGCAGCCAGUGUGAGUGUCUGCGGGGGCGCAAGGCAACCCUGGAGGAGCUGCAGUCAGUGCACACUGAGCGCCACGUCUUCCUCUACGGCACCAAUCCCCUCAAUCGCCUCAAACUGGACAACGGGAAACUGGCAGGGAUCCUGUCGCAGAGGAUGUUCGUCAUGCUGCCCUGUGGGGGGGUGGGGGUGGAUAGCGACACUAUCUGGAACGAGUUGCACUCCUCCAACGCCGCCCGCUGGGCCGCUGGUAGCGUCACUGACCUGGCCUUCAAGGUGGCCACAAGGGAGCUCAAGAACGGUUUUGCUGUGGUGCGACCCCCAGGACACCAUGCGGACCCUUCCACAGCCAUGGGUUUCUGCUUUUUCAACUCAGUGGCAAUCGCUGCUAAGCAGCUGCAGCAGAAGGGGAAGCUCAGCAAGAUCCUCAUUGUGGACUGGGAUGUUCACCAUGGCAACGGCACCCAGCAAGUGUUCUACAAAGACCCAGACAUUCUCUACAUUUCGUUACAUCGCCAUGACGAUGGCAACUUCUUCCCCGGCAGUGGGGCAGCUGACGAGGUUGGCUCUGGCGCUGGCGAGGGAUUUAAUGUCAAUGUGGCUUGGACUGGUGGGCUCGACCCACCCAUGGGGGAUCCGGAGUACUUGGCGGCUUUCAGAACUGUCGUGAUGCCGAUCGCCCACGAGUUCUCCCCGGACGUGGUGCUGGUGUCUGCAGGGUUUGACGCAGCCGACGGCCACCCGCCACCGCUGGGAGGCUACAAAGUCUCUGCCAAAUGCUUCGGCUACAUGACCCGACAGCUGAUGAGUCUGGCAGGAGGAGCCAUCGUCCUCGCCCUGGAAGGGGGCCAUGACCUCACGGCCAUCUGCGAUGCCUCAGAGGCCUGUGUGUCCGCCCUGCUGGGCAAUGAGCUGGAUCCCCUCCCAGAGGAGAGCAUGAGGCAGAAGCCGAACCCCAAUGCCGUGCGCUCCUUGGAAGCAGUGAUCCGGGUCCAGAGUAAAUACUGGGGCGCCGUGCAGCGCUUUGCCUCCAAGGUGAGCUGCUCGUUCCUGGAGGUGCAGCACCAUGACCCAGAGGAGGUGGAGACGGUGACGGCCUUGGCCUCCUUGUCGGUGGCAGUGAUGGUGGAGAAGAGGCCACAGGAUGAGCCGAUGGAGGAAGAGGAGCCCAUGAAUCAGUGA